UGACCUUAAUGAAGUCUUCAAACGUUGCAUUUAAUGAACAUAUUUUAGUAUAAAUCACAUUGCUAACUAUAAAUACCUUUGCAAAAUCACACAAAUCCAUCAGCAACCAGAAGCCCUCACAGAGCCACCCUUCACUCAACCUUCGGCCACUGGCCUCUCAUUUCGGUCGAGAGAGUAAUUAGCCACAAUAUUACACACACACAUAUUGUUGUUCUACUCUAUCCUUGCUAUACUUACAGUCUCUCUCAAAAAAACAAUAUGAAGCUCUUAUUUGCAACUUUGUUGUUUAUGUUUCUGGUUUUGGGUUCAUCAUUUGUUCGGCUCUCCUUCGCUGAACCCGUUGCACCACAUCCCAGACCAGCUGCCCCUACCACCAUCCCUCCGCCGUCUCCUGCUGCUCAUCCUCCUCCAAGUUUCUGUGAUAAAAAGUGUGGGGAAAGAUGUAAGAAGGCAGGAGUGAAAGACCGGUGCUUGAAGUACUGUGGGAUUUGCUGCCAGGAUUGUAAGUGUGUUCCUUCAGGUACCUAUGGCAACAAAUCCGAAUGCCGUUGCUAUAGAGACAAGUUGAACUCCAAGGGCAAGCCUAAGUGCCCUUGAUCUAUCGGAAUUAGAUCUGACUUCUCCCGGUGUCAUGGCCUGCCUGAAAGAGAUCCCAGAGCAGUUUCCGUGCACACAAAUGGAGUAGCAGCUAGCUUCCGCUUGUGACACCUGCAUCUAUCUCUAAUAGUUCUAAAAGUUCCAGUGCAGUUUAUGUUUUGGGUUUUCCAUUUCAUUCACAUAUACCACUUCCUAGGAAGCCAAAUAUAUGUAAAACAACAACAGCAACAGCAACAAUAAUAAUAGUAUGCGUGUAUGAAAUAAAAUAUUUACUCAUUGCUCUAUAGGUGUUUACUUAAAUAAAACAAAUUGCAUUUCAUCUUUA